AUGGAUGACGAUUACGGCGCCGACGAUGAGCUUUUAGCCGCCAUGGCCGCGGCAGAUGCAGCGCCUGUCGCACGACCAAUUCAACAACCCACGCCUGCAAAGAUCCAGCAACCCACGCCGCAACGUCUUGAUAAAGCACCCCCUUCUGCCUCGAGUGCUGGAAAAGUGGUACAGCCAACCCCUCAGGCUCUUCCUCAGAAGCAAUCGGGCUCGACAAUCUUGGUGUCUCCGCGCCAGCGAGGAAAUCCAGUUCUUACGAGCAUUCGAUCCAUGCCGUGGGAGUACAGUGACAUCCCGGCCGACUAUGUCCUAGGCUUGGGUACCUGCGCUUUGUUUCUCAGUCUCAAGUACCAUCGUCUUCAUCCUGAGUACAUCUACACACGAAUCCGCAAUCUUCAAGGCAAAUACAACCUACGCAUUCUCCUUACCAUGGUCGACAUUCCCAACCACGAAGCCUCACUCAAAGAACUCUCCAAGACAUCUCUCAUCAACAACGUGACUCUCAUCCUCUGCUGGUCCGCCGCUGAAGCCGCCCGUUACAUCGAACUAUAUAAAAGCUACGAGAAUGCCACCUUUGGCGCCAUCCGCGGUCAACAGCCAUCCAGCUAUGGCGAAAAGCUGGUCGAGUUUGUUACAGUGCCGAGAAGUUUAAAUAAGUCAGAUGCGGUCGCCGUAGUAAGCAACUUCGGCAGCCUGAAGAAUGCCAUCAAUGCCGACCCGGAGCAGCUUGGUAUGCUCAAUGGCUGGGGCGGCAUCAAAGUAAAACGAUGGGUAUCUGCGGUAGAGGAGCCGUUCCGGGUCAAAAAGGCUGCCAAGAGAGGCGCAAAGGCUUCGGAGCGAACGGCAAGACUUGAUCAUGCUGUGCCCCUGUCACGUAUACCACUUCGUGAUAUGCCAACCGCUGGCUCGUCGUCACGCCCGUCUCCCGCUAUAGAAACGCCUCCUGCGACGGGGUCAACCGGCCAAGCAUCGAAGCAAUUCCAGUUUAUGGAUAAUACUGACGACGAGGACGACGAGGACGACGAAGAGGCCAUGCUUGCGGCUGCUAUCGAGGCUUCUAAGAAGACCGCCCAGACAGAAGAGGCCAGCCGUACGAGUCAGACAGAUAAUGACGACCAACUUAGCGGAGGUAUUGCUGCGGCUUUGGCAAGACUGAGAGAAAAAGACUGA